ACACACAGACACGUCUCCUGUCCUCAGCAUCAAUGACCAUGGACUGACAAUUCAUAACCAUCGGUGGGUUCAUUGAGUAGGUUUGUAUGGAUUUUGUUUAUAGUCUUCCUCAGUGUGGAAGAUGAUAGGAGCAGUUGGUUAAAGAAUGACUUACAGUAUGGGCUGCAUCUCAGUAGUCUACAGUGGCUCCCUCUCCUCACCUUCAUUUGCACUGAUCUGAAAACAUAGGCCAGGGUAAAGCAAUAUGGUGGAAGCCUCAAAAAACAACAUAUAGUGUGCCUACUCUGUAUGUGUCCUCAACCUUUCAGCGGUCUCUAUCUGAACCAUAGUGAAGUGGGGAUGUACCCGUGUGUGUCCUGCGACCCUCCCCUCUUCAGUUCAGAGGUGAAGUAUGACUCGGACAUGGGCUGGCCGGCAUUCAAAGAGGCUCAUGGGACAUGGGAACGCGACAAGAGCCACGUAUCCAUCAUCCGUCACCCUGACAACACCCUGGGUAGUGCAGAGACAGAGGUCUUCUGUAAACAUUGUGACGCCCAUCUGGGUCAUGUGUUUGAGGAUGGACCGGACCCCACCGGAGAGAGGUUCUGCAUCAACAGCGUCUCUCUCAACUUCAGGCCCAGAGAACCCGGACCCGGCGACCAGUAGAACCCCCUAGAACCAUCUUAAAUCACCUAAGCCUGACCAGAACCAACCUUCAAACCCAGAGAACACAAACCCGAGGGCCAGUAGAACGCAACAGGCCCAAUAUCUGGAUCCCUAACCAGAGAUCUCAGCAUCAGGAAUACUGUUUUAUAUGUCUGUAUCUUUCUGUAACUGAUCAUAGAUGAGCUUGUGACCUAUAUUUACCUGGCUGUGUGGUCUUCCCAACCAUAGCCACAACUACUGUACAUUAUACAGUGCCUUCGGAAAGUAUUCAGACCCCUUGACUUUUUCCACAUUUUGUUACAUUACAGCCUUAUUCUAAAAUGUAUUAAAUAUUUUUUUCCUCAUCAGUCUACACACACACUACCCCAUAAUGGCAAAGCAAACAGUUUUAGAAAUGUUUGCAAAUGUAUAAAAGCAUACUUUAUUUACAUACGUAUUCAGACCCUUUGCUAUGAGACUCGUAAUUGAGCUCAGGUGCAUCCUGUUUCCAUUGAUCAUCAUUGAGAUGUUUCUACAACUUGGAGUCCAGCUGUGGUAAAUUCUAUUUAUUGGAUAUGAUUUGGAAAGGCACACACCUGUCUAUAUAAGGUCCCACAGUUGAUGGUUGUUGCUCUGACAUGCACUAAGUCAGCUCUGAGACAGGAUUGUGUCGAGGCACAGAUCUGGGGAAGGGUACCAAUACAUUUCUGCAGCUUUGAAGGUCCCCAAGAACACAGUGGCUUCAUCAUUCUUAAAUGGAAGAAGGUUGGAACCUUCAAGGCUUGCCGCCAAACUGAGCGGAGAGAAGCACCUUGGUCAGGGAGGUGACCAAGAAUUCAAUGGUCACUCUGACAGAGCUAUAGAGUUCCUCUAUGGAGAGGAAGGACAACUGUCUCUGCAUCACUCCACCAAUCAGGCCUUUAUGAUAGAGUGGCCAGACGGAAGCCAUUCCUCAGUAAAAGGCACAUGACAGCCCACUUGGAGUUUGCCAAAAGGCACUUAAAGACUCUCAGACCGUUAGAAACAAGAUUCUCUGAUCUGAUGAAACCAAGAUUGAACUCUUUGGUCUGAAUGGCAAGCAUCACGUCUGGAGGAAACCUGGCACCAUCCCUAAGGUGAAGCAUGGUGGUGGCAGCAUGAUGCUGUGGGGAUGUUUUUCGGGACAAGUCUCUGAAUGUCCUUGAGUGGCCCAGCCAGAGCCCGGACUUCAACCCGAUCGAACAUCUCCGAAGAGACCUGAAAAUAGCUGAACUGCAAUGCUCCCCAUCCAACCUGAGAGCGUGAGAGGAUCUGCAAAGAAGAAUGGGAGAAAUUCCCCAAAUACAGGUGUACCAAGCUUGUAGCGUCAUACCCAAGAAGACUCGAGGCUGUAAUCGCUGCCAAAAGUGCUUCAACAAAGUACUGAGUAAAGGAUCUGAAUACUUAUGUAAAUGUAUUUGUUUUUUUAUUCGUAAUAUAUUAGCAAUAAUUUCAAAACUGUUUUUGCUUCGUCAUUAUGAGUUGUGUGUAGAUUGAGGGGGAAAAAGGAAAAAAAACGAUUUUAAUAAAUUUUAGAAUAAGGCUGUAACGUAACAAAAUUUGGAAAACGUCAAUGGUCUGAAUUUCCGAAGGCACUGUUUGUUAAUGGUCACAUUUUGUAAUGCUUGUUAAAGGGUUUUCAAUCAAGUUCACUGGGAAUCUGAGAUUUAACUGUUAGGUCAUUAUGAGGUGACGUCACUAAAGCUGCUGUAGGUCCCAUGACAGAAAAGUCUGAAAUUAGGAAGGAAUUCUAAUAUUGGCUCUAGAACUAAAAGGAAACCCCUGUUGUUGCUCAGCAGGACCAGGUUUGAAGACCAUUGUAUGACCAUAACGGGCUGCAGAUUUAGGGUCUCAUUCCUGGGCACUGAACACCAGGGCUUAGUGUCUGCUAUUGUGUACAGUUAGUAUGUCUGUGCUAGAACUUAGGGGGUCUACACAGUCUAUGCAAACGGAGUCAAAGGAUGUCCAUUUGUGUUGCUCUGUAAGUAGUUCUACGUACAUUUGUGCGGCUCACUUCCUUUGGCUCUGCUUCCGUAGACUGUAGACCCCUUUACUGUCACUUGAACCAUUCAACAUGGAGCAUAGUCCGGGUUAGCGGAGGGUUUGGCCGGCCGGGAUAUCCUUGUCCCGUCGCGCUCUAGCGACUCCUUGUGGCAGGCCAGGCGCAUGCACGCUAACUUCGGUCGGCAGUUGUUUCCUCCAACACAUUGGUGCAGCUGGUUAAGCGAGCAGUGUGUCAAGAAGCAGCGCAGUGUGUCAAGAAGCAGCGCAGUGUGUCAAGAAGCAGCGCAGUGUGUCAAGAAGCAGAGCAGGGUGUCACGAAGCAGAGCAGGGUGUCACGAAGCAGCGCAGGGUGUCAAGAAGCAGAGCAGGGUGUCAAGAAGCAGAGCAGGGUGUCAAGAAGCAGAGCAGCUUGGCAAGGUCGAGUUUCGGAGGACGCAUGGCUCUCAACCUUCGCCUCUCGAGUCCGUAUGGGAGUUGCAGUGAUGGGACAAGACUAAAUACCAAUUGGAUAAAAUUUGAUCACACAAAAUUGGUGAGAAAAAUAGGUAAAAAGUAAAGAAAGAGGCACCACAGAGAGAGUGAGGGUCGGACACAAGAUAUGUUUUAUUUAUUUCAUCUUUAUUUAACCAGGUAGGUGGCAGCAGAGAACUGGAAGGAAAGGUGGCCAAAGAAAGUGUUGGCUUUGGGGAUGACCAGUGAAAUAUACCUCCUGGAGCGCGUGCUACGGGUGGGUGUUGCUAUGGUGACCAGUGAGCUGAUAUAAGGCGGGGCUUUACCAAGCAAAGACUUAUAGAUGACCUGGAGCCAGUGGUUUUGGCGACGAACAUGUCGCCAAACCCACUGAGAGCAUACAGGUCGCAGUGGUGGGUAGUAUAUGGGGCUUUGGGGACAAAACAGAUGGCACUGUGAUAGCAAACUGGAUGUAGUCUGAGUAGAGUGUUGGAGGCUAUUUUGUAAAUGACAUCGCAGAAGUCAUGGAUCGGUAGGAAGUCAAUUCUAGAUUUAAUUUUGGAUUGGAGAUGCUUAAUGUGAGUCUGGAAGGAGAGUUUACAGUCUAACCAGACACCUAGGUAUUUGUAGUUGUCCACAUAUUCUAAGUCAAAACCGUCCAGAGUGGUGAUGCUAGUCGGGCAGCAAAUCGGUUGAAGAGCAUUUAGUUUUACUAGCAUUUAAAACCAGUUGUUGGUCACGGAAGGAGUGUUGUAUUAGAGUGAAGCCCGUUUGGAGGUGUGUUAACACAAGUGUCCAGAAGUAUACAGAAUGGUGUUAUCUGCGUAGAAGUGGAUAAGAGAAUCACCAGCAGCAAGAGCGACAUCAUUGAUACAGUUGACACAAAUACACCUACAUUUAAACUCAGUUUCAUAAUUCUUGACUUUUAAUCCGAAUACAAAUUCCAUGUCUUAGGUCAGUUAGGAUCACCACUUUAUUUUAAGAAUGUGAAAUGUCAGAAUAAUAGUAGAGAGAAUGAUUUAUUUCAGCUUUUAUUUCUUUCAUCACAUUCCCAGUGGGUCAAAAGUUUAUAUACACUCAAUUAGUAUUUGGUAGCAUUGGCUUUAAAUUGUUUAAUUUGGGUCAAAUGUUUCAGGUAGCCUUCCACAAGCUUCCCACAAUAAGUUGGGUGAAUUUUGGCCCAUUCCUCCUGACAGAGCUGGUGUAACCGAGUCAGGUUUGUAGGCCUCCUUGCUCGCUUUUUCAGGUCUGCCCACAAAUUCUCUAUGGGAUUGAGGUCAUGGCUUUGUGAUGGCCACUCCAAUACCUUGAAUUUGUUGUCCUUAAGACAUUUUGCCACAACUUUGGAAGUAUGCUUGGGGUCAUUGUCCAUUUGGAAGACCCAUUUGUGACUGAGCUUUAACUUCCUGACUGAUGUCGUGAGAUGUUGCUUCAAUAUAUCCACAUAAUUUUCCUACCUCAUGAUGCCAUCUAUUUUGUGAAGUGCACCAGUCCCUCCUGCAGCAAAGCACCCCCACAACAUGAUGCUGCCACCCCCAUGCUUCACAGUUGGGAUGGUGUUCUUCGGCUUGCAAGCCUCCCCCUUUUCCCUCCAAACAUAAUGAUGGUCAUUAUGGCCAAAGAGUUCUAUUUUUGUUUCAUCAGACCCGAGGACAUUUCUUCAAAAAGUACGAUCUUUGUCCCAAUGUGCAGUUGCAAACCGUAGUCUGGCUUUUUUAUGGCGGUUUUGGAAGUGGCUUCUUCCUUGCUGAGUGGCCUUUCAGGUUAUGUCGAUAUAGGACUCAUUUUACUGUCGAUAUAGAUACUUUGUACCUGUUUCCUCUAGCAUCUUCACAAGGUCCUUUGCUGUUGUUCUGGGAUUGAUUUGUACUUUUUGCACCAAAGUACGUUCAUCUCUAGGAGACAGAACACAUUUCCUUCCUGAGCGUUAAACGUCUGCGUGGUCCCAUAGUGUUUAUACUUGCGUACUAUUGUUUGUACAGAUGAACGUGGUACCUUCAGGCGUUUGUAAUAGCUCCCAAGGUUGAACCAGAGUUGGAGGUCUACAUUUUUUUUUCUGAGGUCUUGGCUGAUUUCUUUAGAUUUUCCCAUGAUGCCAAGCAAAGAGGCAAUGAGUUUGAAUGUAGGCCUUGAAAUACAUCCAUAGGUACACCUCCAAUUGACUCAAAUGAUGUCAAUUAGCCUAUCAGAAGCUUCUAAAGCAAUGACAAUUUUCUGGAAUUUUCCAAGCUUUUUAAGGGCACAGUCAACUUAGUGUAUGUAAACUUCUGACCCACUGUAGUUAUAAGUGAAAUAAUCUGUCUGUAAACAAUUGUUGGAAUAAUUACUUGUCAUGCACAAAGUAGGUGUCCUAACCGACUUGCCAAAACUAUAGUUUGUUAACAUGAAAUUUGUGGAGUGGUUGAAAAAUGAGUUUUAAUGACUCCAACCUAAGUGUAUGUAAACUUCCGAUUUCAACUGUAUUUACAAAGAAAAGUGUCAGCCUGAGAAUUGAACCCUGUGGCAUCUCCAUAGAGACUGCCAGAGGUCCAAACAGGCUCUCCAAUUUGACACACUUAACUCUGAGAAGUAGUUGGUGAACCAGACGAGGCAGUUAUUUGAGAAAUGAAGGCUAUUGAGUCUGCCGAUAAGAAUGCGGUGAUUGACAUCAAAUCAAAUUUAUUUAUAUAGCCCUUACAUCAGCUGAUAUCUCAAAGUUCUGUACAGAAACCCAGCCUAAAACCCCAAACAGCAAGCAAUGCAGGUGUAGAAGCACGGUGGCUAGGAAAAACUCCCUAGAAAGGCCAAAACCUAGGAAGAAACCUAGAGAGGAACCAGGCUAUGAGGGGUGGCCAGUCCUCUUCUGGCUGUGCCGGGUGGAGAUUAUAACAGAACAUGGCCAAGAUGUUCAAAUGUUCAUAAAUGACCAGCAUGGUCAAAUAAUAAUCACAGUAGUUGUCGAGGGUGCAGCAAGUCAGCAUUGACAGAGUCGAAAGCCUUGGCCAGGUCGAUGAAGACGGCUGCACGGUACUGUCUUUUAUCGAUGACGGUUAUGAUAUCGUUUAGGAUCUUGAGCGUGGCUGAGGUGCACCCAUGACCAGAGCUGUUGGCCGGGGUAGGGGUAGCCAGGAUAUAAAGAAUGGCCAGCCGUAGAAAAAUGCUUAUUGAAAUUCUCGAUUAUCGUAGAUUUAUUGGUGGUGAGUGUUUACUAGCCUAAGUGCAGUGGGCAGCUGCUCUUAUUCUCCACGGACUUUAGUGUCCCAGAACUUUUUGAAAUUAGUGCUACAGGAUGCAAAUUUCUGUUUGAAAAAGCUAGCUUUAGCUUUCCUAACUGACUGUGUAUAUUGGUUCCUGACUUCCCUGAAAAGUUGCAUAUCGCAGGGGCUGCUAUUCGAUGCUAAUGCAGAACGCCACAGGAUGUUUUUGUGCUGGUCAAGCGAAGUUAAAUCUGGGGUGAACUAAGGGCUAUAUCUGUUCUUAGUUCUACAUUUUUUGAAUGGGGCAUGCUUAUUUAAGAUGGUGAGACGAGCCCUUUUAAAGAGCAACCAGGCAUCCUCUACUGACGGGAUGAGGACAAUAUCCUUCCAGGAUACCCGGGCCAGGUCGAUUAGAAAAGCUUUCUCGCUGAAGUGUUUUAGGGAGCGUUUGACAGUGAUGAGGGGUGGUCAUUUGACCACAGACCCAUUAUGGAUGCAAGCAAUGAGGCAGUGAUCGCUGAGAACCUGGUUGAAGACAGCAGAGGUGUAUUUAGAGGGCAAAUUGGUCAGGAUGAUAUCUAAGAGGGUGCUCAUGGUUACGGAUUUAGGGUUGUACCUGGUAGGUUCUUUGAUAAUUUGUGUGAGAUUGAGGGCAUCUAGCUUAGUUUGUAGGACGGCCGGGGUGUUAAGCAUAUCCCAGUUUAGGUCACCUAACAGUACGAACUCUGAAGAUAGAUGGGGGGCAAUCAAUUCACAUAUGGUGUCCAGGGCACAGCUGGGGGCUGAUAGAGAGAGGAGUUCUGGUAUUACACUAGACAAUAAUUUAGCAGUGAUGCAGAAACCAAAGAGCUGACCAUGACCCCAGAGGAGACCCCACAGGAAGUACAAGGUCAACCCCCCCAGCUCAGAACAUCGACUUACAAGUAUAGGGGUGUGUGUGUGUGUGUGUGUGUGUUCAUGCAAACACUCAUAAUUUACAUGAUGUCACAACUACAGCAUAAACACAGUCAUUAGUCAGUGGCGGACUUGCAAUGUUGAAUUCCUUCUAUAUCGUGUUUGUUGUAGAUGGGAGAUGACGUGUUACCUGGUCAGCGUACCUGAUUAUUAGGUCACAGGGCGAGACCCAGAUGCAGACACGGGAGGCAGAUGGUUCGAGUCUCUGAUAUUUAUUAUAAUCCAAGGGGCAGGCAAGAGAAUGGUCGUGGACAGGCAAAAAGAUCAUAACAAGGUCAGAGUCCAGGAGAUAUAGAGUGGCAGGCAGGCUCCAGGUCAGGGCAGGCAGAAUAGUCAGCCAGGCGGUUCAGAGUCAAGGCAGGCAAGGGUCAAAACCGGGAGGACUAGCAAAACAGAGAUAAGGGGAAAAGCAGGACCACGGAAAAACACGCUGGUUGACAAGACAAACUGGCAACAGGCAAACAGGGAACACCGGAAUAAAUACCCAGGGGCUAAUGUGGAAAACGGGUGACACCUGGAGGUGAGCGGAGACAAUCACAAAGACAGGUGAAACAGAUCAGGGCGUGACACUGAUGAUCCUGAAGCCCCCUCCUCUCUGUUAGCACUAACACCUGCCUGGGACUUACACUACCUGCUCUCUCAAUUCAAUGUAAGGGUUUUAUUGGCAAGGGAAACAUAUGUUAACAUUUCCAAAGCAAUUGAAAUAUAUAAUAAAAUAAACAAUACAAAUUAGCAGUAAACAUUACACUCACAAAAGUCCCAAAAUAAUAAAGACAUUACAAAUGUCAUAUUAUGUGCAAACGGUUCAAGUACAAAAGGGAAAAUAAAUAAACAUAAAUAUGGGUUGUAUUUACAAUGGUGUUUGUUCUUCACUGGUUGCCCUUUUCUUGUGGCAACAGGUCACAAAUCUUGCUGCUGUGAUUGCACACUAGUAUUUCACCCAGUAGAUAUGGGAGUUGAUCAAAAUUGGAUUUGUUUUCUAAUUCUUUGUGUAUCUGUGUAAUCACACACACAGCAUUAUGCAAUGUUAAAGCUUCCUGAGUAGAUAGACAGUUCAGCAGAGGUACCCCCCCCCCAUCACCCACACCCCAGUAUGCCGUCUCCUCCAGCUAUCUCUAUAAUGGUAAGAGUCCUUUCCUCUCCACCCGGCCGUCUCUAGCUAUCUCUAUAAUGGUAAGAGUCCUUUCCUCUCCACCCGGCCGUCUCCUCCAGCUAUCUCUAUAAUGGUAAGAGUCCUUUCCU